GGACAGCUGAAGUAUGAAAACGCUCAUAUUUUUGCUUGUCCUUUUCAUAUUUUUACCCUCAAUAAAAUGUGUAUUAAUGCAAACCGGUGUUGGCAUAAAGAAUAUAGAUUUUACAGAUUUCAAAAUUACAGAAAACAAUCUUAACCUAGGAGUUGCACGAAAUGUGAUAAGUUGCAGUGCCCGUUGUCUUGAAACUCUCCAGUGUCUGUCGUUUUCUUAUAACCAGAAAACAAGCAUGUGUGAAAUGUGGGACGAAGAUUUCAUUCAUAUUAAUGCCACAGAUGGAUCAACAGAUGUUGGAUGGAUAUAUUACUAUAUACUCAGAGAUGCAGAGUGUGGUAUUACAAAAGAAAACUGUCUUUCCCAUAGCGGAUUUGUUUACACAACUUGUUUCUGUUAUAGACUCACAUCAACAAAGCUGUUCUACCAGAAUGCAUUAGAUAUGUGUGCGUCCUACACCAGUUCUCUGGCAAAAGUAAACAGGGGAUUUUUUCAACUUACACUUGAAAAUAUAUUAGCACAAAUAGUCGAUGAUGAAGUAAGAAUUCAGGGCGAUCGUGCCAGUAGUGCAACAUCAAUAUGGAGAUUUAAAAAUGGAGACUUAAUGAACUACUUUAACUGGAAUACAAACGACAACCAACCAGACCUAGGACCCACUGAACUAUCCCUUGUUAUAAGGAAAUCCAAAGGAUAUCGUUGGCAUGAUGCUUUGAUAGAAGAAGCAUUUGGUGCUAUGUGUCAGAUAUACUGAAUUUUGAGAGCCAUCCACGUCCUAGUGGUUGUCUUUUACGUUUUUUUGUGUUAUUUCGUUGAUAAGAAAGAAGCAAAUAAACUCAUCAAAGAUACCAGGACUAAAUUUGUAUAUACACCAGACGCGCGUUUCGUCUCCAAAAGACUCAUCAGUGACGCUCGAAUCCAAAAAGUUUAAAAGGCCAAAUAAAGUACGAACCAAAAAAGAGACCAGAGGAACUUUCAAAAUCAUAGAUAGAAAAUAAACUGACAACGCCAAGACUAACUAGAGGCUCUAAAGAGCCUGUGUCAGUCAUCUUGGUCUAUGUGCAUAUUAAACAAAAUACACAGAUGGAUUCAUGACAAAAUUGUUUUUUUGGUGAUAGUGAUGUGUUUGUAGAUAUUAAUUUAAUGAACACUCUUGAUGUUAACAAUAUAUCUAUCUAUAAUGCACUUUGACCAGUAUUUACAGAGAAAAAUAUUCUGUAUAAAUUGACCAAAAUUUAUCAAAUUUAUUAAAAUUGA